CCUGUGAUUGCUGCCUUUGAAGACCUUCACAUCUUCACUGAUGACCUAAUUUGCGCGCAGAGGGCAACAUGGCACAGGGUUCUCCGUGUGCUCCCGUUUUGUACACCUUUAAAACGAUAUAAAUGUGAGCAGCAGUAAAGACGCCACUUCUUCCACUUUCUCUUCCCCACGGUGCACUUUUUCCACCUUUUCAUCCCUCCACCAACUCACCUUCAGUUCCUUCAGUUCCUUUUCCUUCACCUGCUACUUUUCGGGUUUGGCACCGCCGCACCACCAGCGCGCACUUUGACACACUGGAUGCACCUCAGCAUCGGAAAGGGGAUCAAAGUUUGUCUGCUGUUUUUGAGUGUUUUUUUUUAAAGUUCUCCAACCACCAAGAUGAGUGUCAAAUCCGACUCCGAGGCCAACAACAACGUUGUUGAAGAGGAGGUGCGAACACUCUUUGUAAGUGGCUUGCCAACAGACAUCAAACCUCGGGAACUCUACCUCCUAUUUAGACCAUUUAAGGGUUAUGAAGGUUCUCUGAUCAAGUUAACAUCAAAGCAGCCUGUUGGGUUUGUAACCUUUGACAGUCGGUCUGGCGCUGAAGCGGCAAAAAACUCCUUAAAUGGCGUUCGAUUUGACCCUGAGAACCCGCAGACCCUUCGUUUAGAGUUUGCUAAAGCCAACACGAAGAUGGCAAAGAGUAAGCUGAUGGGCACGCCGAACCCCACAAAUAUCCACCCAGCUCUAGGGGCACACUUCAUAGCACGGGACCCAUAUGAUCUGACCGGGGCAGCGCUGAUUCCUGCAUCUCCAGAGGCCUGGUCUCCAUACCCACUGUAUACAGCAGAGCUGAGCCCUGGGCUUCCCCACACUGCCUUCACCUACCCUGCUGCUGCAGCAGCCGCUGCAGCUCUCCAUGCCCAGAUGCGUUGGUAUCCAGCAGCAACGUCUGAGUCCUCCCAACCUGGAUGGAAAUCAAGGCAGUUCUGUUAGAG